CGGCUUCAGAUCAAACAGUCACACAGUGUGACGUCACAUAACUAAAAGUUAUACCCUCAAAGGAAUUGGCCUCGAGGAUCUCGUGGAGAGCAUGGACAAUGUUAUACGCGAUUAAUGUUUCUGCGUUAUUUGGAAGUCGUAAAGAAGAUGGAAUUUGAGGGUGAAGACUUCACAUGCUCGUUGUGUGAAAGGUCCUAUGACUCUAAGGAGGCUCUGUUACGCCAUGAAAAACUGCACUUCAGGGAGCGUUCAUUCGAAUGCCAUAUCUGUAACAAGACUUUCUACACUGAGGGAUAUUUGAAAGAUCAUGUACAGCGUCAUUCAGGUAUUAAGAAAUAUCAGUGCGAUCUAUGUGAUAAGUCUUUUGCGAAUCCCGGUUACCUGAAAGUUCACAAACAGUGGCAUAACAAUGAGCGCAAUAGGGAAUGCUUUGUGUGUAAGAAGAGGUUUUUACAUGCUACAAGUUAUCAGUUACACAUGCGAACGCACACCAAUGAGCGUCCUGUGGCUUGUGAUAUAUGUGGGAAAAUGUGGAAAUCUGCUUCGGACAAAAAUCGCCAUAAGAAAACAGUCCAUAGCGAUGAAAGGCCAUAUCCGUGCAAAAUGUGCGAUAAAGCGUUCAAGACGUCUGCUGGUCUUACGUCCCACAUUGAAGUCCAUAAAGAUGUGAAACGAACUGCAAAAUGUGAUCUGUGUGGUAAAACUGUUCGCCUUUAUGGAUUAAGCCAGCAUAAGAAAGACCAUUUUGCUGAGAAGGUGUUUGCUUGCACACUUUGUCCAAAAAAGUUCAAGUCUAAACACCAGCUUAAUAUGCACCAACCCACACACACAGGGGAACAAAAAUAUGAGUGCGAUAUUUGUGGAAUGGCAUUUAGUUUCAACGCAAACAGAAAUAGACACAGAAAAACCCAUGAGGAGAACAGGUGCUACCGUUGUGAUGUUUGCGGACAUGGGUUCAGAAAUAAGUCCACGCUUAGGACACAUAUGUGGAUUCAUACUCGUGAGGUUAAAAAAUUCAAGUGCCAUCUUUGUAUUGCAUCUUUCCCCGUACAACAUCAUCUGAAUGUUCACAUGAGGCUUCAUACACCAAGUCACAAAUACGCUUGCGAAUUAUGUGGGGUUCGCUACACAAACAAAACAGCUUUGAUGACGCACAACUUGAUGCACGAAGCGGAGAAUGUUUCAGGUAAUAAGAAGAGAAAGAAAUUGGCUUACAAUGAACUAAGAAGAUUAUCCAAAGAUGAUGAGUCUGAAACAUAUUUUAGCAAAAGACGCAAAAGAAAAACUAAAGCAAAGUUGAAUCUUAACAGAAACAGAAAGAAGACUUAUUUAAAAUUUGAAAAUGAUGAACAUGAGGAUGGAAAUAGAAAAAUUGAACCAUCCUCAAAACAGAAAAUAUUUCACAAAUGCUUCCUUUGUAAAAAGAGGUACUUCGGUUUACCCAAUUACAAAAUUCACUUACAGUUUCAUACUCAAAAUGAAAUUGUUAAAUGUGUGAUUUGCAGCAAAAUAUGUAGAACAAAAGAGGCUUUAAAAGGACACAUGGAAAUACAUGGAACUUGGAAACCGCUGAUUUGCCCAUUUUGUGAUCAUCGGUUCAAGACUUACGCGAGCAUUGAGAAACAUAUGAAUAGUCAUACAAAUGAGAAGAAAUUUAAGUGUGAUUACUGCUUAAAAGAGUUCAAGUACCUUGCUGGUAUAAGGAAGCAUGCUUAUAGGCAUGUGGCUGAGUAUACGUUUCAGUGUGGCGUGUGUGGUGCCAGGUUUUCAAACAAACAGGGACUGUUGCGACAUCGGUCAAACCAUGCUAACUUGGCAAGGGCUGUGAAAGCUGAAAUGCAGGUAGAAGAUGUGGUAUCAUUUGAAAAGGACUUCACUGACAAAGAUGAUAGUACAUCACUGAGGACACAGACAAUGUUUCAACAAGAUGAAAUGAAAGCUGAUGUUCCGGAUUUAGACAGUCUUUUGGAAAAUUGUAUCGUAAAUCAAGACAGUGAAGCAAGUAUGGAUAAAGAUUGUGAAACAUUGGAUGAAACAAACAAGUUAACUGAUAUAGCUGAUGUUAAUUUACAAAACUUGUCCAAUGACCAAGAUAAAAAGAUAGCACUUUCUACAGAUGACAGCGACUCUAGCAGUUAUGAUAUUACAUCAAAGGGAAUGAAUGGUGAUGAAUGGAAUAUGGGUGACAGUGAAAUGUUUAUAAACACUGCUGAUCUAGACAAUCUUGAUGAAAUUCUAGUCAAAAAUAGUCUCAAAGACACAGUUGAUGAACAAAGCAUACUGCAAUCACAAGAUAGAAAUGCAAUUGUUGAAAACAUGCCUAAUCCAAUGAUAGCUGAAACCAACAGAAACAGUGGAAGCUUCAUGAUUGAUACUGAAUCAGAAUUGGACAAGCAAGAGAAUGCAAGAGAACUGAAUGGCAUUGAUCUUGAAUGCCACAAAACUGGACAGAAUUUGUACAUUGUCAAGGCUGAACUGGACGAAGACUAAAACAUAACAAAAACCGUCUUGCGCUAAAGUCCUCAAUUUGUAUCGCUUUGAUUUGGUUUUCUUUAUUUUCGCUUUGAUUUAGUGAAACUAUAAUUUUUGCCGAGGUAAAAAAUUCUGGCCCCAGUUUUUCAAAAAAAAAAAGUUCCUUUUAACAGGAUUAAGCUAAGGUUGACUAUAUUUGUUUUGGUGAUAAAUGUGAUAUUCUCAUUUUUAAGACUGUAAACAAAACUAUUUUUAUGAUAAUCAGGAUAAACUGAUUUUUAGCUCGACUAUUCGAAGAAUAAGGAGAGCUAUACUACUCACCCAAGCGUAGGCGUCUGCGUCGGCGUCACCCCUUGGUUAAGGUUUUGCGUGCAAGCACACAUAGGUUAAUAUCUCAGCAAGUACUGGAGGUAUUGCAUUGAGACUUUAUACAAUGGUACCCAACCAUCCAACCUACUUUAUUAACCAAGUUUGAUAACUCUACUUUGCAUUUAAUGCCAAUAGUAGGCCUUUAUUAUUUGACUUAGAAAUUCUGGUUAAGGUUUUGCGUGCAAGCACACAUAGGUUAAUAUCUCAGCAACUACUUGAGGUGUUGCAUUGAGACUUUAUACAAUGGUACUCAACCAUCCAACCUACUUAAUUAACCAAGUUAGAUAACUCUAGUUUGCAUUUAAUGCAAAUAAUAGGCCUUUAUUAUUUGACUUAUAAAUUCUGGUUACGGUUUUGCAUGCAAGCACACAUAGGUUAAUAUCUCAGCCAUUGAUGAGGUAUUUCAUUGAGACUUGAUACAAUGGUACUCAACCAUCCACCCUACUUAAUUUACCAAGUUAGAUUCAUUGAGACUUGAUACAAUGGUACUCAACCAUCCAACCUACUUAAUUUACCAAGUUAUAUAACUCUAGUUUGCAUUUAAUGCAAAUAAUUGCCCUUUAUUUGACUCAGAAAUUCUGGUUAAGGUUUUGCAUGUAAGCACACAUAGGUUAAUAUCUCAGCAACUACUGGAUGAAUUGCAUUGAGACUUUAUAAAAUGGUACUCAACCAUCCAAUCUACUUAAAUAACCAAGUAAGAUAACUCUAGUUUGCAUUAAAUUCAAAUAAUGGCCCCUUUUUAUUCAAUGCUUCAGCAAAUACAUCAUGUAUUGCAUGAAACUUUACACACAGGCUCCCAACCAUUUAACCUUCUCAAGUAAGAUAACUCUAUCUUUCAUAUUAUAUAAUUUUUGCCCCUUUAUUAUGCAACUUAGAAAUUCUGGUUAAGGUCUUGCAUGUUAGCACACAUAGGAUAAUAUCUCAGCAACUACUUGAUGUAUUGCAUUGAGACUUUAUACAAUGGUAUUCAACCACCCAACCUAAUUGAAUAAUCAAGUUAGAUAACUGUGUUUUGCAAAUAAUGGCCCUUCAUUAUUACACUUAAAAUAUUCUGGUUAAAAUUUUGCAUGUAACCACAUUUAUGUUAAUAUCUCCGCACAUCAUGAAUUGCAUUGAAAUCUAAUCAAACAGUGAUCCAUGCAUGUUUCGCCAAAACUUUUCAAUCCUUACAUUGAAAAGCGGCGGAAUAGUCGAGCGCGCUGUCUCUGUGACAGCUCUUGUUAAAUUUAAGAUCUAUAAGAGUUCAUAAUGUUGUGUUUUUUAAAAUUUUGUUUGGCUUAAUGAAAUAAAGGACUUGUUACGCUUAAAAAUUUUCCAAGAAACAGCGGGGCCUGACUUUUGUUCGAAAUGCUCUAAUACUUAGAUAUGAGCAAAGCUCAAAAAGUAAAACUGACUAGAUAUUGUUAGGCAUUGUUAUUGUUGUUUAUUUAGAACUUUCAUUGUAGGACAUUUUUUUUUGUUACAUUUAGGUUUUAACUUAUCAAGUAACAUCAGACAUAAUAGUAAAGGAUCUAGAAAUAUGAAUGAAUGUAUGGCGAGUGUUAGAAAUGAAAUAAAAAAAUAAUAAUUGUGAAUUAGAAUUUCCCUAGUGUAGUAAACCUUCCAAUCCAACCUAUUUGUUUUACUGAUAGAUGUAUAAUAUUGAAUAUUAUCAACCAAAAAUGAAAGUGAAGAAAGACAAUUUGUACAAUAUGUUAAUUAGUAAGAUUGGUAGUAAGUCAUUGUGUGUAUGCUACAUAGUGUGUAAGUGAAUUAGCGGUGCUAAUGUUUGACUGUCAUGUUAAAACUCAAUCAGAAUUUGCGAAAGAGAAUGUUAUUAUGAAUUUUACUGAAAGUUAAUUGUUCUAAUUCACAAACAUCAUCUGUAAUAACUUUUUUUUGGUUAUCUGAUGUACAAUAAUGUAAAAUUUUGAUGCCAUGAUGAUAUCAUUUUGGUAUCCUAUGAAAGGGUUUAACAUGUAGAGGAAGAAUACCUAAAUAUCAUACUUAUGUUGAUGAAAAAUAUUGCAAAAACACUAACUGUUUUGACCUUGAAAGGUUGAAAAAUCAGUCAUUUCAUUUCUGAUUUCAGCUGAAAUAAAGAACACAAUUACGAUUACCAUAACUGCUAUAAUGUUAUUUGUAAUCAUGUUUUUACAGUCAUUUAUUUUACAUCUGAGUAAUCAGUAAGCAUUUCCAUUUCAAAUGAUACCAAAAUUAAAUCGGGUCACAAGGCAUCAAACUUUAAUUUUACAGCCAAAAUCUUAUUUGUACAAAAGUCAUUGGAUAUACAUGUACGUUAUAAUGUUCUCUCAUUCUACGCCACUCAUGAAAUAUUCAUUUUUGGUGUUAUACAUGAGGUGAAAUAAAUUGCUAUCUUACACUGAAACAAACAAUUAUUCUUUAAAUUAUAUGCUUAAAAUUGCAAUUAAAAGCCAAUUUGUAUGCGCACGUAACAUAAUUUAAUCACUUCAUUUGUAAAAUAUUCAGAAAACAACAACACUUGAUCUGUAAAAGGUACAGAAAAAAUACACUAUUUAUUAAAGAUGCAGUUAAAAUGCACUUUCAACUGCGUUUUAAGUGUACUUUGCUAAAAAGCGUAUUAUUUUUUGAGAAGGGUCUGUGCGCCCUGACAUUAGAUUUGGAACAAAGAGGGGGCUAAAAUUUCAAAACUGUGGAAAAUAUCAAAGUGAUAUUUUCACUGUUUGAAACAGUAAAAUUUCAAUUUUAUUUAACUGAUAAAAUUCUAUAAACCACCGAGAAGCAUAUUAUUAGUAAAUAGUCUUACCAAUCAGAAUCAUCAAUACCAAAAAGCGAUCAUUUUUACAUUGGUUGAUUGGGCCUACUAUACGUAUACAUAUAUUUAAUACUGUUUAAAGUUAUGAUUGUUUAAGAUUGUUAACAUAUUUUCUGUUAAAUUGUAAAUAUCUGGUUCUGUAUAUAUUUGAUACUUGAGAACGUUACUUUAAAGUUUGCUUUAGAAAUUGAUGUUUGAAAUUUGCCUAUGUAAGGUAUUAAUUGUAGGAGAUUAGUGGAUAACUGCAUUUUUGUGCAGAGUAAGAGAUACAGUAUAAUUUAUAUAAAAGAAUACCUAAAAUUCUGAAUUAUUAGUAGGGAUGGCAACGAGUAGUAAAAUUAAUACUUGAGUACUCGGACGAUCGUUCGAUCGGGUACUCGAUUACUCUGAAAAAUUGAAUAUGAGUUCGCAAAGACAAGAUUGUGUAUACAUGUAUCGUUAAUGAUAUAUUGUGCGUUGGUCGUAUUAUUGGUCAUUUUCACCUUUAAAGUAAACUUUCAUUACGUAUCUUUACUAUUUUAACAAAAAAUGAUGUAAAAAGAAAACAAAUGUUGUUUCAGGCUUUUAAUUUGUCUUAUUCGUUUGAUUUUAUACAAGUAUUCACUGCAGAAAUGAACAACAAUCAGAAUUACAAUGAACAAAAAUUAAUAGCAUACAUAAAAAUAGUGAACGAAAUUCAAUACGAAGUUCAGUUGUUGAGUUGUUUACUCUACCAUUUUUUUUUUUUAAAUAAUAGUUUUUCGUACCGUGUAAUUGUUGUUUACCUCAUUAAUAUUCAUAAUUCUUGAUUGAAAAUAUCAAUUGUGAUAAUCAUUGCAAAAAUAGUUAAAAUACGCCCAUUAAGAAAUGAAUUCUCGUAAUGGUCGAUACUCUUACGCUCGUUAGCAUCCAUUGUUUGGUGGAAGGUCUCUAAUUGGUAUACAAUAGAAUUGUGUAGGUGAAAGUACCGCUAUCAAAACUUCGCUAAUUGACAUCUGUGCUAAUUUGAAAUAGGGGUCCUUUGUUGACAGUUUGCAACUAUCACAACAACUUUCAACUAAUUGAUUGAGGUCAAUUGUGUACACAGCGGGGAUUAGAGGGACCGUAAAUUGUCCUCUUGGCAACUAACCAGAUCUGAAAAUUUUGUCUGUAAAUCGUGUAUUUUUAUAGAUUUUUUUUCUGAGUACUCGAGUAGUGAUUUGGUACUCGAGUACUCGGACGUUCGAUCGAGUACUCGGGUACUCGUUGCCAUCCCUAAUUUUUAGUGUAAGGCCAAAAAAGGCUUGUUUCCUAUUUCAUUGCAAAAAAACAACCAAAGAGACUGUGUCAAAAUCUCAUUUCAUUUUUUUAUUUUGUGUAAAGGUGUGUUUGAAUUUCAUUUUCGCAUCUAAAAAUUGUCACCUUUUUGUUUGAUUGCUAUGUAAAUUUAGGGCUGUGUGCAAAACAUCAGGGUCUGUCGUGAAACCGUAAACAAACUUUUUUUUUGUUAAACCUUGGCAAUAAUGUUUUUGUAGCAUAAUAAUUUCUUAUCAUGAAUGUUAAAAGUUUUAUUCAGGUACAAAAAUGAUUACCAAACCUAACAGCCUCCCCUAAUCUGUCUGGUAAAAGGCUCCAUUUUGAUUUAUGCCACACUAAAUUUAUGUAUAGUAUUAGGUUCCAAUUUCAAAAGCUAGCAGUCAGGAAAAAAAUGUCACGAAAAUACAAGCUCGCUUAAAACUUUAAUUUGGCUUCUUUGAGAAAAUAUAGAAGGGCUUAGAAGAGCAAUCCAGCAAUGAAUAACCUUAAAUUUAUGAAAUAAAGCUUUAUACUUACAUUAGUGCAUGAAUUUCUACAACAAAAUGUUUUGUUUAGUAAAAUACUUGUUGAUUAUCAAAGCUGUAUAAAUGCAGUUUUUAUUGUAUAAUUUUCAUUUUUAAAAUUUUGGGGGGUUUUGAAGGACAAAAACUAAUAGUUCCAUGUCAUUUAACGCGUACUCAAAUUGUUAUGGCCUUAUCAGUUUGACAAUGUUUUUAUUUUGUCCUUUAUCCUAUCAUAGGCUAAGAACAGCAGCUUCAUUUCAAAUUUGGAUGCAAUUCCUUUCAUCACAUGGGUCUGAGUAACCACUUUAUUGUUGGGUUUAAACUUCAUCAGUGUCCUCAGGGAUAUCAGAUAAUGAAUUUAUAACUAUAUUAAUCUUUGUUUAAUUUAAAAAAAAUAAUUCUUUUUUCCGACUCAAUUUACAUGUUCAGUAUUUGUUAAUUUCAAGAUUAAACACAAUUUUUUAUAUGGUUACAUCAGUCAUCCAUUUUAUUUUAAUGGUGUAUGUUUCCUUCUCAGCAGUUUUCAUUACCGUUCUUCGCCUUUGACGUCAGCAAUUUUCCUCCUUUUCUGUAUAGUCAGCUAACUGGUAAGCAGUUUAGUACUGCCACAUUUAGCCUGUGUUGAAGUUGAGCUUAUUAUCCUCGUAAUUUGUCUUUUUCCUUUAAUUACAAUCCACUGAAGAAAGAAAGACCAUUAAUGUGCUUAUUUUAUUUGUUAUUUUUGUAAAGUAUGAAAAUAUUUUUUUGAUUUGUUCAGUUCAGGUUUGUGUUGAGUAUCACUUGUAUAGCAUGGCAGGCACACAGAUUACAUGUUGUCGUCAGCUGCAUUAUUUCAUUUCUGCUCUCUUAUUUCUUCUCCAAACUUUACAAAACUUGGCAGCGUUUCCUUAUGAACAUACUGUCUCGAUUGAGUUUGAUAACCUGUCAGGUCAUCAUUUCCACUGUGGAGUUAUGGCCCUUGAAUUGUUAAAAUGAUGGGCAAUACAUCUGAUUGGCGGAAUUUUUGUUUAGUUUAAAGUAACACUGGUAUUUAAAAUCGAUACAUACACAUUUAUAACAAACAUAAAUUUUGAGGGAUAAACCUCUAACUACUUACUAAAUAAGGCAUUUUUGAAAAUAGUAAUUACUGAUAGCAAGAUUGUAACUGUGUAUUUGAUAGCUGAAAAUGCACAACUAUUAAAUGAUUGGUGAGUGCUAAAAGAUUUACAGUGAUCAACUAUCGUUUCAUACCGUAGAAUGACCCUGUUUUCUGCACCUUUCUUUCAAGUUAAACAUGGUACAGUACAUCUUAUUUGGGAGUAAGAGUGCAUUUUUAUAUACUAAUUGCAGUUGUACCCCAGGCUUGUCACUCUAUGGACAGUUAAAGUACUUUAUUCUAAACAGAUGUAUUUAUUUAAAAAAGUGUUCAUUAUCACAUUGUAUGUGUCUAUUGAUAUUGUAAGUACAAUGUAUGUCCAUUCUUAUAUUGAUUGUUGUUUUCUAUUUGAAUUCUGUUGCAAAACAUGUAUAACAUGAUAUAGAAUUAAAUGUUUAUGUUUAUACUUGACACUGUUAAAAUUGAGCAAAUAGUUCAUUUUAUAUGGUUAUUAUUUUAAGUUUUAUAAUCAGUUUUGUUUCAUCAACUUCAAUAGGUAUUUAAUAAAAUAGUUUGUGUUU